CGUACCUCCGCAUUCUUCCAUACUGUCGAAAUCCGCGGCUAUUACUUAGUCACUGCACCUUGUAGAUUACAUAAGAUUACAUAAGCCUGGGUGUAUAUACCCGUCAAGGUAAACUAUGUACAUAGCUACUUCUGACCGAAUUGUUUCCGUGAUUGACUGACACGCCAAAACGAUCAACACAUACCCCGUCAUCAAGCGUUACGAGCGAAGUACCUUCAAGUAGAAGCAAUUAUGACAUCCUUUCCCUCCGUCAAUCUUCGAACGGCUCUGCUAGUCGCCCCUCUCAUCUCCACAUCCUGCUCGCUCUGGUUCGCCGCCGACCAACAUUUCUUCCUGCAAAUCUUCACGCGCCCGGAGUGCCGCGAGCGCAGCAACGUCUUACUCCCGGAUUACUUCCGAGCCUUCUUCUCCGCUGGUCUCCCGCGGGUUGUCGGCUUACUAGGCAUCACGACGUGGGCCUCAGUCGGGAGUAUCUGGCAGGCACGGCCGCUGCUAGAGAGCCACGGAUCGUUGAAGUGGUAUAUGGCGACGGCGGCACUGGCUGUCGGCCACCUGGUGUUUGUGCCAGCGGUGGCGCCGAGGAUCCAGGGGAUUGCGGAAGGUGGAUUUGAGAGGGGGCAUGGUGGCGGGCAGAAGUCGAACGUGGAUCUGUUGCGGGAAUGGUUGAGGAUCAAUAUGGUUAGAACACUGACAACAGAUCUGGGUGCUUGGCUGUGUUGUCUGAUGGCCGUGUCAAAGACUCUCGGUUGAUAGGGAAUGCGGGCUAGAUCAACAUGACACUAUGCCCGUAUUCAGUCGAAAGUGCUAGCCCUGGCAAUUCGAUGAUAGUUAUCUGGUCUAGCUACACUCCGGAAGUUAUUUGAAGGUGAUAAUAUUAAGGACGAGAAGCAUGCAAAGGGAAGGAAAGGUUUAGUUACAUGACUAACUAACUUACUUCAAAAUAUCGAUAGUUAGCCUGCUACAUCAGACGAUAGGGACUAAGUGGUACAGUACAGUAUCAGUGUUCUGCUCCGCUAUUCUAGCCCCACCUAAC